AUCUUCUGCUCUGUUUUAGAUCCCUGUAUAUCACUGAGUCCACCAUGCUUCACUGAAGAAGACAGAUUUAGUCUGGAAGCGCUUCAGACAAUACAUAAACAAAUGGAUGAUGACAAAGACGGUGGGAUAGAAGUGGACGAGAGUGAUGAAUUUAUCAGAGAAGAUAUGAAGUAUAAAGAUGCUACAAAUAAGCAUAGUCAUCUGCACAGAGAAGAUAAGCACAUAACUGUUGAGGAUUUGUGGAAACAGUGGAAAACAUCAGAAGUUCAUAAUUGGACACUUGAGGAUACCUUGCAGUGGUUGAUAGAAUUUGUUGAACUCCCACAAUAUGAGAAGAAUUUUAGGGAUAAUAAUGUAAAGGGAACAACACUUCCCAGGAUAGCAGUUCAUGAAACUUCAUUUAUGAUUUCCCAGUUGAAAAUCAGCGACCGGAGUCACAGACAGAAACUUCAACUCAAAGCACUAGAUGUGGUUUUGUUUGGUCCUCUGACACGCCCACCUCAUAACUGGAUGAAGGAUUUUAUUCUCACAGUUUCCAUUGUAAUUGGUGUUGGGGGGUGUUGGUUUGCUUAUACACAAAAUAAGACAUCAAAGGAACAUGUUGCAAAAAUGAUGAAGGACCUAGAGAGUCUACAAACUGCAGAGCAAAGUCUCAUGGACUUACAAGAGAGACUUGAAAAGGCACAGGAAGAAAACAGAACUGUUGCUGUAGAAAAGCAAAAUCUAGAGCGAAAAAUGAUGGAUGAAAUCAACUAUGCCAAGGAGGAGGCCUGUCGGCUGAGAGAGCUGAGGGAAGGCGCAGAGUGCGAGCUGAGCCGACGCCAAUAUGCAGAGCAGGAGCUGGAGCAGGUCCGCAUGGCUCUAAAAAAGGCUGAAAAAGAGUUUGAAAUGAGAAGCAGCUGGUCAGUCCCUGAUGCACUUCAGAAAUGGCUUCAGCUAACACAUGAAGUUGAAGUACAGUACUACAAUAUUAAGAGACAGAAUGCUGAGAUGCAGCUAGCCAUUGCCAAGGAUGAGGUUGCUGCCUCAUGUCUGAUGCAGGCAGAAAAAAUUAAAAAGAAGAGAAGCACAGUCUUUGGGACCCUGCAUGUUGCACAUAGCUCCUCCCUGGAUGAAGUAGACCACAAGAUUCUGGAAGCCAAGAAAGCACUCUCUGAGCUGACAACGUGUUUGCGGGAACGGCUUUUUCGCUGGCAGCAGAUUGAGAAGAUCUGUGGCUUUCAGAUAGCUCAUAACUCUGGGCUCCCUAGUCUUACCUCCUCGCUCUACUCUGACCACAGCUGGGUGGUGAUGCCUAGAGUCUCCAUUCCACCCUACCCUAUUGCUGGAGGAGUCGAUGACUUAGAUGAAGACACACCCCCAAUAGUGUCACAGUUUCCAGGGACUGUACCUAAACCUUCUGGGUCUUUAGCCCGAAGCAGUAGUUUAUGCCGCUCUCGCCGCAGCAUCGUGCCAUCUUCCCCACAGUCUCAGAGAGCUCAGCUUCCUCCACAUGCUCCUCUGGCAGCCCACCCUCGGCAUCCUCACCACCCCCAGCAUCCUCAGCACUCAUUACCUUCCCCAGAUCCAGACAUUCUGUCUGUGUCAAGUUGCCCUGCUCUGUAUCGGAACGAAGAGGAGGAGGAGGCCAUCUACUUCACUGCUGAAAAACAAUGGGAAAUACCAGACACAGCUUCAGAGUGUGACUCCUUAAACUCUUCCAUUGGAAGGAAACAGUCUCCUCCUUCAAGCCUUGAGAUAUACCAAACAUUGUCUUCUCGAAAGAUAUCAAGAGAUGAGCUUUCCCUGGAGGAUUCUUCCAGGGGGGAUUCGCCAGUGACCGCAGAUGUCUCCCGGGGCUCACCUGAGUGUGUGGGUCUGACAGAAACCAAGAGUAUGAUCUUCAGUCCUGCCAGCAAAGUGUACAAUGGCAUCUUGGAGAAAUCCUGUAGCAUGAACCAACUUUCUAGUGGCAUCCCGGUACCUAAACCUCGACACACAUCAUGUUCCUCAGCUGGCAGUGACAGCAAGCCAGUUCAGGAAGCUUCAAAUGUGUCCAGAAUAAGCAGCAUCCCACAUGACCUUUGUCAUAAUGGCGAGAAAAGCAAAAAGCCAUCAAAAAUCAAAAGCCUUUUCAAGAAGAAGUCUAAGUGACUCAAUGGCAUCUGUGAACUUUAUCUCCCACCCUCCACUCCGUUUUUAAUUUUAAUUUUAGGAAUGUAACUCCAUUGGGGCUUUCCAGAGUUGAUGCCAUAGAGGAAAUGUCCUUAAGGGCAACUGUCUACUGUCUGCUGAUUUAACAGACUACGCCAUCAAUUUUAUCAAGUCUAACAUUACUGAAAAGUCAUCAAGAAGAGACAGUUUACAGUUAUUUCCACCUAUUUAUUUCUGCAUUGAUGUUAGUGAUGUAUACACAGCAUUCUGUUGAAAGCCGCUAUGGACUUACAAGCUUUAAUGGACUGUAAGCCAGCAUGGGCUUGCAAAAAUUUCUUGUUUACCAGAAUAUCUUCUUAUCUUUCCACAGAGCUGUUUCCAUCAUGGACUAAAUAACUUAAACAAAGUAAAACUAAUUGCACUACUGUUUUCCAGACUGGAAAAAAAUCUCUGCAAGUAAAACUGUAUAGAGUUUAUAAAAUGACUGUGGAUAGGGGACUGUUUUCACUUUUAGAUCAAAAUGGGUUUUUAAGUAGAAACUAGGGUUUCUAAUUGACUUGCUUUCUGGAAAUGAAAACCCACACUUUUAUUAUGGGGCGCUUCUUCAGAUGCAUUUAUUAUUAUAAAGUUUCAAGUCCUGCUGUAAAGAUCAUGUUGUUUUGUUUUCCCCAGGGCUUUCACUGUGAUUUACUGCACUGCAGGCUGUAUGAUAAAAUACAAAUAAUGUAAAGAGAGAAGGCUCUUGAUUCCUUAUACAAGUGGAAGAGUUAAAACUUGAUCAAAGGACUUAAAACAUUCACAUGCUUAAACUGAAGUGGGGGUGGGAAGUCAGGCACUUGUUUACAGACUUUGGGUAAAUGCAAAGGAUUUAUGGUUUGAAAAAAUUUGUACUGUGGAAAAGAUAAUAAAUUGGAGACAUUAUUGUGUGGAGUUGUGCUGAUUUUUGUUAAUAACACUCCACUGAAAACACUGUUUUCUGAAGAGCUAUGUAAGCUGUCCUAUUGCUUAAUUGCAGUAUAAGAAAUAGUGAUGUUUUGGAACUAACUUGUCAACAAAUUUCUUUGUUUUAUAUUGUUUGUCAUAUUUUUAUGUAGUUUGAAAUGUUUAAAUGUUCUAAUAUCAAGAUUAACAAAUAUAAAUUUAUGGUGCAUUUAGAUUGUGUUGUAUCAGUUUGUAAAAUUUGAAAUUGUUUAGAUGCUAGGCUAGUCUGAGAGCAGUGUCACACAGAACAACAGUUUACUCUUACUCAGCUCUUAGAACUUCAGUCAGAAUUAUCUGGAAAUACAAUGAGGAUGGGUGAAAUCGGAUAUAUGUUAACUAGAAUGUUUUUGGCACUGGAUAAUAUAAAUAAUAUCUAACUCAGUGCUGUGUGUGUGGGGACACUGAUAGAUAAGUGAUUGGCUUAUAAGGAAUGCUUUAUUAAGAAGCUGACUUUCAUAAUCUUCCAUGACUUGUGAUUAUAUCCAUUGGUCCUGUUGUUCAAGUUGUCAAGGUCUUAAAUGGUUUCCACAGAGGCAGAUGAUUAUAUGGUUACAGAUCAACUCCUAGGAAUAGAAGUUGGUUGUCUGAAAUGAAGAUGCCUUGUUCAGAUAAGGUAAGAUCUUAUGAAAGAGGAGUUUAGAAACAGCUCUGGAGCUCUACAGAAAGGGAAACAUUUGUGCAUAAAGAAUUAGAACAUUUUGGAAACUCUCAGAGUGAAUGGGGAUGCUUCCUUUCUCAUGGCUGGGCAAGAGGAGUUCUCUUUGAUUAUUGCAGCAGAGACAAGAGCUUUUUGGUUUGGUGAAUAGAAAAGGUCGAAGCUACUGGAGCAUGGAGAAUGCUGGUUGAAGGCUUGACCUGCAAGAUUGCUGAUAGCUAGGGUUGGUAGGACAUUUUAGGUCAGAACUAGGUAGAGACUAGGGGAGGUUGGCCUGAGAGUAUGUGGGUGGUUUUAGGUGGAGUACAUUGUGCAUGUCAGAUUACAUGUUUAUAAAUAUAGUAUUUGGAAAUUCAACAGAAAAAGAAUUGAGUUUUGGAAACCCCAGCAUUUCUGUAUUAUAUUGCAUCAUGCAUAAAAUGUUGGGCAGUUCAAUUCUGUACAUUUUACAUGCAUUUGUCGCCUUACUCUAGCCUUUCAAAAUUACUGGGUUUUCCUGGUUCUUCCUUAUUGAAAACAGAAAAAGAUUCCUGAAAGUAUGAAAAUGAAAACAACAGCAAGCAGGUCCAAUUCUGCUAUCUGAACUGCUUUUACUAUUUGAGGUGCCUUCUGCUAAAUAUUUUUUGAAGUAGUUAUAUACUUUACAUAAAAAAUCAUCUGUGAGUUGGAGGCCAGCCUGGUCUACAGAGCGAGUUCCAGACCAGGCUCUAAAGCAAUACAGAGAAACCCUGUCUCGAAAAAACAAACAAACAAAAUCAUCUUUUACUUUUAGCUCGAGCAUUUCUCCAACAUUAAAAAUUAUUUACGAAGAACAUUUUAGUGACUAUCUAAUAUUAUGGCAUUAUAUGGUUUUACUAUAAUCUUUUAAAACAUUCUGUCAUUUAACAUUACAAUAUAUAAUAUUUAAAACACUAAUCUCUCAUUUAACAUUACAAUAUAUAAUUAAAACACUAAUCUCUCAUUUAACAUUACAAUAUAUACUAUGUAAUCAUUUAAAACAAUCUGUUAUUAAACUUUAGACUGCUGCCAAAUUUAUUAGAUGUGGAGUAAUAGCAUUUAACAUUUGUUGAGUACUCUAUACCAGGUUCUGUUUUAAACUGUGGUACAUAUUGAUUUAAUCUUUAUACCAACCUGUAAAAUAACAUCAUCAUCAUCAUCAUCAUCAUCAUCAUCAUUAUAUCACUGGUUUCUGGAUGGCUAGACAGCUCAGAACUUUAGUAGGUGGUUUAGGACAUGUGGUAAGUGGUAGAGUGCUGUUCUUAAUGUCUAAAUAAUGUGGUAUAGAUUCUCAUCAAUACAGAUUUCUUGCAGUGUAUUUUAAGGAAGUGUAUAACAAAAUGUGAAGAUAAUGUUAAUUCACAUCUACAUACAUAUGCAUAUGUUUGUUUGUCUGACAUGUACUUUGGGGGUAGCUAUUGAGGUUUCUUUGUCCUAGAGCCAUUUUCCCAUGCUCUCCCUGAGAUACUGAGUGUGAGUAGCCUUUUAUUUCAUUGAUUUCUGAAUUGCUAUUUUGUUAAAGCUUCAUUAACUUUAUAUGAAAAGAAUGUGUAGAGAGAUUAGACAGUUUUUUUUACUGUUUUCUUAGCCUAUUGUUUUUCAUGUUAGUGAAUUGCUUGUUCGUGUUUUGUUUUUGUUUUCUCAUUAACUUCUUCAACAUCUAGUGCUUUCUAAAUCUUUUUCAAUGAGUCCUUCAAACA